GCUCGCGUUUGUUGUCUCUUCCACAAAAAAGCGCGGCAACGGCAGCGGAGUGGGGUAUGCUGGGAUGGACAAACGCAGCAUGGCUGUUGAGUUUGACACGUGGCUGGAUAAACAGGACAAAGACACCAGCGCAAAUCAUGUUGGGGUAAACCUGAAAGGAAGCCCCUUCUCUGUGAAAACUGCUAACGUCUCAAAGGACCUGAACAAUGGGAGGAUGUACUUCGCAUGGGUGGACUAUGGCCCCGGGGAGUCUGAGAGCUUGAGGGUGUUCGUUAAUGCUUCCAACACCAAGCCGGACAACCCCUCGCUCUCCAUGAACCUCUCGCUCUGCGACCUCCUCCAGCCCACACCGAAGAAGAACUCGUAUUACUUUGGCUUUGUGGCGGCAUCACUACCCCGGCACGAGCAGGAGCAUCUCGUGGCAACGACAACCAUUGACAUAGGAUUUACUCUGCCCCCACAACUGCCUGAAGAUGGCAGAGCCACGGGCCUGGUUUUGGAUGUGGAUACAUUUAACCCCACGAUCGCAAGCCCGUUCACGCGCUACGUGAGCGUGGGAUACUCCCCAGCACAGGACGGGCAGGACUCGUGGAACAUCCCCACCUUAUCCACGUGGACCUUCGACUCGACCUGGGAGGCACCGGACCAAGGCGAUUGCAGCGACUGUUGGGCGUAUGCAGUGGUGGCGAGCAUAGAGGCGGCAUACGGCAUCGCCACCAACAACAAGACGUACCCGUCACUCUCCAUCGACUCCCUCUUCGAGAUCACCAGGAUGGCUUCCUGCGAGAGCGGCUCGCCCACCCUCGCCUUUCAGAAACUCGUUGCCUCUAAGAAGGGCCUUCGGAAUACCUCUUCUUGGGAUUCCUCCCCCUCCUCCUUAGCUUCCGUUCGCUCGCCCUCCUCUUCUCUCGUCGCCUGGUUAUUCAAAGCAGUGUGGCACAGUCCCUCUCUUGGCAAAGCCGCUCUUCCUCGUCGUCAUCGUGCAGCAGCAGCAGCAGCAGAAACCGGGAAUUACAUCGUGUCUGGGUUUGAGCGGACGGCAUUCAAGGGGUACUUUGGCCUCAUGCUUGCGGUGCGGCGGCAGCCAGUCGUGGUUCACAUCGAGGCGAGCGCCGCCUCUUUCGUCAAUUACAAUGGGUCGUUCAGGUACGACGAGCCAGAUUGCUACACAGGCAACCUCAACCACGUUGUACUCGUUACAGGCUACCUCCUCAUGGGCACGGAUAAGAACCGACCGCGCACUCUUUCACCCUUCUGGAGGAUCCGCAACUCGUGGGGCACGGAGUGGGGGGCGGAGGGGUACAUUCACAUGGGCAUAGCGCCAGGGGAGGGCAUCUGUGGCAUCAACGUGCUGCCUGGCAUCUACCCGAUCAUCAGAAAUUCGGAUGACCCCUGUAUGCGUGAGUCAUUCAUAACCGGCAACGGUGACGCGGUCAUGAACCCCUGUGGCAGCUACGAGUGCAUCGAAACCACAGAUGGCGCCUCCAACACCUGUAAAUGCAAGCCCCCGUUCGUCGAGGCCCUGAAUAACGAUGGCUCUCGCUCCUGUGCCUAUGGCCUGAAGGGCGAUGCAAGUGGAAGCAUGAAAGUGGAGGUUUGUGUGGAUGCAGAAUAUGACAACUACUCUAUGGAGAAUUCAAGGGGAAGCGAGCAGAUUUCAGAGCUUUGAACAAGAGAGAGUGUGCCACCACUAU